AUGCGCGACGACGCGUGCGACACACAGGGGGUUGAUGUAGGCCAUGGCCUGCGCAGGGCAUUUGGACCCGCGCCAGCUGUGGCCUGGAGAAACUCGGAGCUUUCGGCGGAGUUGCCGGACAGCUUCACUCGUCUUUUGGGCGCCGUGGGCUCCGUGUGCGUCACCGGCGACGACCGGGUCGGCAAGUCCACCCUCUUGACCGCUUGGGCGCAGAAUCUCACGGCUCGGGACGACUUCGUGUUUCCUGCUGGCCAAACGCGGGAGUCCCUGACCAAAGGCCUCUGGUCUGCAAUCCUUCCCGCAGAGGCCACAGGCCUCGAGUUCCACCUGAACCUUUGCGACUCCCAGGGCUUGAAGCAGGUCAGCGAGCUGGAGCAGUGGAGGCUCUUCGCGGCCAAUGUCCUGAUACCACAGAUCUUGGUAUACAUGACCAUCAACGUGGUGCAGAACGAUCAGCUGCGGGACCUGGCGCGGAUGGCACAUCAGUUCCAGCUGCUGGCGAACAGCUCCGAUGCCGCCUUUGCGCGCUUUGGGCGCGUGCUGUCACCACACCUGAUCGUAGUGGUCCGGGAGGAGAGCGAUCUGGACGGGGAGCCGAACGAGGACGGGCGCAAUCUGACCACGCAUUUGGAGAAGGCCCUUAGCAGCACAGGCUUUUCCGAGGAUAAGGCGCUGAUCCGACGCAUCUUCACAUCGCGUGAGGCAUGGUCCUUGGAGGAGCUGCCGUUGGAGGCCCGCCGGGCCUUGCGUACAGGUGGUGCCCGUCACGUCGCCGGCCAGCGCUGGCGUCGGUCGGGGGAGGUCGUUUUGCAGCGCACCAUCAGCGCUUUGAAAAGGCGGCAACAGACCAUGCCACAAAGUGGGCUCGCGCUUGGAGAAUGGUAUCGCAGUGUCGUGGCCACGGUCAACAGCCGCGAUGAGGGUGCACUGGAGCGCCUGAUAGGCCACACGGAAAGGCUCGACGUCGCAAGGCAGCGGCAGCUGCUCCUUCAGGACGGCUUCGGGCGGAUCUUGGCCCUCCUGGCAGGUCUGGCUUUGCUGUCGGCUUUUGCGGCCUCCUUGGGCCAUUGGCUGGAUCGCCUCGCCUGGGUCGCCUGGAUCUGCUUAGCCGUGUGCUUCCUUGGCGCUUCCCCGCUCUUGCGCACGCCCCUGGGUGGGGUGGCGCAGAGGUACUGCGACCAGGUGCUUACCAAGGCCCUGGACGGCUGGAUGAGGCAGGUCUGCCUCGAGGCUUCAGCUCAAACCAUGGCCGGCGCAGUGGCAUCAGUUCUGGGCGCUUUGAGCUAUCCGCUCCUGACACGGCAGCUGCAGUGGCUGCUUGCGCUGCUCCCGCUGCCGGCGCAGCUCCACCGAUCCUUUGUGCUGAUGCUGCUUGUCUUGCUGGCAGCCUGCCUGGUUGUGCUGCAGGAGGCUGUGAGUGAGUUGGCAUUCGGCGAUCAAGGCAGCCUUUUGUUUGCAUCGGGGGCGGCGAGCCUCAUGCUGGCUGUUUUGUUCCAUGGCACGAAGUUGAUGCAGCAGGUCCUCCAGAAUCGCAGCUUCACGGCUGCAGGGGAUCGAGGCCGCGCUCUACACUUCUACAUCGCCGAGCGAGAUGCCACGGUCGCAGAGCUGGAGGAGACCGUGGAGUGGAAGCUGCACUACAGAAUCCACAGCAGUAUCGACUGCUUCUGGCGCUUUCGAAGAGAGGGCACUUGGCAACGGAGCAUGCAGCUGGCGCAGGCCGGUGGCCUGCUGAUUUGGGCCUGGCUCACUUUCCCCUGCUGGGAUGCCCUUUUUGCGGCGGGCUCUGCUGGAAAUGCGCUGCAUCUGUCGCAUCUCCUUGCUCGGUGGCUACGGCAGCGCUGGCAGAGCACAGGCGAAGAUGAAGUCGGGAAGUGGCUGGCCAGCUUGGAGGAGGAAGAGGAGAGUGAUGAAGUGUCAGAGGCGCCAGAGGAGGCUUCCCCGUCCGAGCCUCCGAUCAUCCCGGAGACCUUCGAGGAGGUUCAGCUGCGCAUGGAGAUUGAGCAGAUGCGACAGGAGCAGGAGCGGUCCCUGGCCCGUUGCCGCCUCGCCGCGCAGACGUCCAGCCGACAGGGGCGCCAGGAGAAGAUGGCUCACCAUGUCGACUUAGAGAUCGUCCGCUACUGGUGCAUUGACGGGGAGCCUGGCACCAUGGGAGAUUCAUUACAGCCGUCCACCAAGGCAGGCUCCUGCGACAUUAUAGGCCAGCUGCUCACACUAAGAAGUAAUGCAGCAAUCGCGCUGCCGACCUUCGUGGUUGAGCGCCUGGUUGUUGAGGAACUGGAGACUGCCACGGUCAAGCUGUUGGACAAGGUCGAGCCGAAGCUCGGUCUGAGUCUCACUUCACCAAAGAAUGAGACAUCGCCUGCAUCACCGGUCUUCCCAGCGAAUCUGCGCCCAUCGAGUCCGGGGAGGGCGUUUGCAUGGACGAGUCCGCCGGAGGUGAUCGACAUCCCUGGCGCCAAUCAUCAGGAGUACGCACCUCGCUGGGCGGCGCGAUUGACUCCAGCCGGUGGAGCAUCCAAAGUCCUUUCGGAGCUGAAAGAGGAGUGGGGCAUGGAGGAGAGUGAGCAAGAACCCGACGAAGUGCGAGCUUUCGAGACGCUGACGCCAGCAACCACAAAAGUGCUUCGGGAGGCUGCUGCAGGCGGAGCUGACAACGGCAAGGGAGAAGAGCCCCCAAGCGCUGUGGUUGAGUCCAAGCCUCGCGCCUCCAAGCCGCCUCCACGCCAUAGCCACAGCCAGAGUGGCCAGUCGGGUAUUACUGAGAGAAUCUUCGGACUUGUUCCAGAUCUCUCCGAUGCCACACGGACUCAGAAGAUGUCCGGCUGCCGGAAGAUGGUGAAGCACGUCAUCACGAGCACUUGGUUCGAGUGCUUCGCCAUGGUCAUGAUCCUGCUGCACUCUCUGUUUAUCGGCAUACAGAUCAACCAUCUGGCUGUCACCCUCAAUCCGGAUGCUGGCGUGUUCUGGCGCUCCAUCGAUUUGGGCUUCUGCUUCUUCUUCAGCCUCGAGGUUGCUGUGCGCCUGUACGUCUACCAACUCCGCUUCUUCACGAUGCACGGCUGCGCCUGGAACAUCCUGGACUUCGUGGUCUCGUCUCUCCAGCUCUUUGAGGAGAUCGUGGCAAUUUCAGCUUCCUCCAGCGAUCUGGAGAUGGCGCAGAGCAGCGUGAUGCGAGUCAUGCGCAUCCUCCGCGGCGUCAAGGUCAUGCGCCUGAUACGUGCCGUCCGCUAUGCUGACGAGCUCCAGCUUGUGGUAAGUUGUCUUCUUCUUUCCUUACGGACAUUUAUGUGGGCGCUUUCCUUGCUGGUGAUGACGAUCUACGUCAUGGCAAUCUACGUGACGCAGGCAGUGUACGUGUUCCGGCUGGAGAACCCGAUGCCGGACACGGAGGAUUACGAUGGCAUCCGGAUCCGUGAGAACUUGGCUGGAUUUUGGGGCUCUCUACCGACCAGUAUGCUCUCUGUUUUCAAAGGUCUAACAGGAGGAGUGGACUGGGGCGAUGUCCUCGAGCCGCUCAGCGUCUACGUCUCCGAAGGUUUCGGGGCCCUCUUCGUGGUGUACAUGGCCUUCUGUUACCUGGCUCUCAUGAACGUCAUCACAGGAACUUUCGUGGAGACGGUGAGCAGGCAAGCCUCGAAAUUGAAGAUCCGCUCACAGAUCCUUCGUGCGAGGCACGUCUUCUCUGAGAUGGACUGGGACCACACAGGCACCAUCUCUCUCCAUGACCUCCAGAACCAAGCGGCUUCUCCAGCUGUCGCCGACUUCUUAGAGAGCGUGGAGGUUGAUCCCUCUGAGGCGCAGUACCUGUUGGAGGUGCUCGACAUGGAUGGGAGCGGCACGAUCAACUUCGAGGAGUUCCUACAGGGCACACUCCGGCUGAAUAGCUCCGCACGCGCAGCCGACUUGAUGCUGGUGGCCCGGGAGAUGAAACGGUAUUUCAUCCAUUCGGCAGAUGAGAUGAAGAUCAUCAAACAACGGCUGGGACUUCUUCAAUGA